GCACUACCACAGCAUGGACAUCUUCACCCACUACGACAUCCUGACUCCCAACGGCACCAAGGUGGCCGAGGGACACAAGGCCAGCUUCUGCCUGGAGGACACCGAGUGUGAGGAAGAUGUGGCCAAGAGGUACGAGUGUGCCAACUUUGGGGAGCAGGGCAUCACUGUGGGCUGCUGGGACCUGUACCGGCACGACAUCGACUGCCAGUGGAUCGACAUCACUGACGUCAAGCCAGGCAACUACAUCCUGCAGGUCGUGAUCAACCCCAACUUCGAGGUGGCAGAAAGUGACUUCACCAACAAUGCCAUGAAAUGCAACUGCAAGUACGACGGGCACCGCAUCUGGGUGCACAGCUGCCACAUCGGAGAUGCGCUCAGCGAGGAGGCCAACAAGCGGUUUGAGCAGUACCCAGGUCAGCUCAACAACCAGAUUUCAUAGGACCCCGGCCCUGGGGAGACAGGCAUCUCCCUCCCUCACCCCAUACGGGUGGGAGGAAGCCGCUGGGAGACCGGCAGGGAGGCCUGAUGCCCAGUGCUGCUGCCACUGUGUCCUGCCGGGGACUGCCCAGGACUCACCACCGGCUGCCCUUCCCCACCUCGGUGGGGCUGGUGCUGGAGACACCAACACCUGCACCUCCCAGCCUGGGGCUGCCACCCCAACCACUGGCCAGAAGACCGUGCCCACAUCCCCUGGGCUGCGGCACACGGGUACGGUCCGGGAGGUGCUGCACCCCAACUCCCACAACCCACACAGGGCCCCAGGAGCCCCUGGUCCCCCGGGGAUGGUGCAGGUGUCUCUGCCCACAGCGCUGCCCAGGGGUAGCUUCUACCCCACCUCUCAGUUGUAAUUUUAUUUCCUCUAUAAAGUUGUAAGUUCUAUUUCCCAA